AAUUUGCAUUAUUUUGAACGAAAAACAGUUCAAAUACAACAAUAAUAAUGAAAAUAAACAAAGAAAUUACAUUCCACAGCGUUUUGUGGCUAAUCCUGAGCCAGUGUCCACUCGCCUGGAGCGAUUGCGGCUGUCAGACUCCUGACCGUGAAGCCAUCGCCGACAAGGAGCCGGCGACAGUGCCGGAGCAGGUUUGCCAGAAGGCUCGCGGCGCCAACAGCCACUACAGAGAUUACUAUGGUGAGCUGGAGAACUCUGCAAGCAAGGAGGAUGUCGAAGAGGAGGAGUUCCCAGGCAUGUCCAUCAUUCCCGGUGGCACCGUGAAGGUGGGCACGGACAAGCCGCACUUUGGACAGGACCGGGAAGCGCCCGAACGAAAGGUGAAGGUUGCGGACUUCUACAUGGACAAGUACGAGGUGUCGAAUGACGCCUUUGAGCAGUUCGUGCUGGCCACCAACUACACCACGGAGGCAGAGCGCUUCGGCGACAGUUUCCUCUUCAAGACCCUACUAGAUGCCGCAGAACAGAAGCAACUGGAGGACUUUCGCGUGGCCAGCGCCCCGUGGUGGUACAAAGUCAAAGGCGUGAGCUGGCGACAUCCGUAUGGCCCGGCCAGCAGCCUAGACGGGCUCGGGCAGCACCCGGUGGUGCACGUAUCCUGGCGCGACGCCAGGAAAUACUGCCAAUGGGCAGGAAAGCGGCUUCCCACCGAAACGGAGUGGGAGACAGCAUGUCGCGGCGGCAAGGAGGGUAAACUCUAUCCCUGGGGCAACAAGCUGAUGCCCCGUGACCAGCACUGGCUAAACAUCUGGCAGGGUGAGUUUCCCGAUGGCAACCUGGCCGACGACGGUUUCGAGUUCACCUGCCCGGUGGAUGCGUUCCGGCAGAACGUCUAUGAUCUGCACAACAUGGUGGGCAAUGUGUGGGAGUGGACAGCGGAUCUGUGGGACGCCACCGAUGUCAGUUUGAACCCCAACCGGGUGAAGAAGGGCGGCUCCUAUCUGUGCCACAAGUCCUACUGCUACCGCUACAGAUGUGCCGCUCGCUCCCAGAACACGGAGGACAGCUCGGCGGGCAACCUGGGUUUCAGGUGCGCCAAGGAUGCGUGAUAUGGGAUUGUGGAUUCUGGUAAUUGUGCAAAUUAGUUAAGCAAUUUGCUGAAAUAUAUAAAAAAUAAGAAUUAAAA